UGUAACAGGAAUUUUCUUUUUAUAACAUCAACAACAAUGUCUACUACAGCUAACUCAGAAUUAGAACAAAUACAUAAUAAUGUAAAAAUAAUGUCAGACUUUGUAGAUAAUCUAACGAAAAAAUUAUCAGGUUAUUUUGGUGAUUUAGAUCAACAUUAUGCUAAUUACUUGAGACUUUUAAAGUCAUCAACUUCUGAAGCCACCUCUACGAAUACACCGGGCUAUUCAUUUAAAUAUGUUGAUUCAGAGUACCAAAAACUAACGACGAAAUUACAUAAAAUUAUUGAAAGUAUUGGGAAUGAUUUUCUCGAAAUACAUAAUUUAGCAAAUGAAAUGAUAGUUGCACAUGAGAGAGUGAAGAGUCUUAAAGAUGAAAUAGAAAUUAGUAAAAAGCUACCAGAUUCACUGGAAAAAAUGACACUAAUAAAUCGAUUGAAUUCUAAGUAUGUCAAAAAGGUAAUGAAUUACAAUAAAUUAGCUGCAACAUUUAAUGCCUAUGCAUCAAAAUUAACUGCUACAAAACAGUAUCUCAAUAAUGACUUGAUUAUCUAUUCUCCAAAUUCAUCUCAUAAAAAAUAUUCAUUGUCAAUAAAACAAAUUAUAAAUUGGUUUAAAGAUCUAGCUUCUCCAAAUGGAGUUUCUUUACUAAGAGGUGAAGUAAUUGCUCGAAUGGCUAAAAAUUAUUCAACUGAUUUGAAUACUUUAAUUAACACACCACCAUUAACGAGUGUUUCUGUUAUGGAUCCUUACUCUUUACCCCAAAAUCAAACAUCAUUUACUCCAAGUAACGACAAUUAUCCUGGUACAAGCAGUUCGUUUAUGGGUACUUCUUUUGGAGCUCCACAAACAGGAUCACGAUUUGCAGGUAUUCCUCAAGUUGGUACUCCUUAUGCACCUACCAAAAUGCCAAUGCCAAGGUAUAUGCCUAGAACUGUUGGUCAAGAUAUACCAGAAGAACCAGAAGGUAAUGGUGAUGAUGCAAAAAUGUAUUGAUGAUGUAGAAACUAUUAUAUAAAUAUUGUUAUUAAAAAAUUUGACACAUUAGGAAUCAUUUAAUUUUGUAAAA